AACUUUACAGCUAAUAUGUGCUUCGAUCAUUAUAUACAGUAUAAUUCCAUACACAUUGGCAGACUCAUUUUUGAAUGUUAUAAACAUAGGAAAUAACCCAAUUGUCGAAAUCAAAAUAACCAAUUGUAAGAUACAAACCGGAAACAUAAAAAUCAUACACCCAGUGAAGCUAGAUAGAAUUGAGGAGAGCAUGGAAAUUAUAACGAAUUCAUUCUAUAACAAACUAACAAAUACUAACAACCCCUUACACGAAGUGAUCAAGUUCAGGAUUAAGAAGCUAUAUGCAACUCUCUAUGGAUUGAAGCCACAGCAGGCACGUCGCCACCGACGAUGGGAUUCACUAGGCACCGCGUGGAAAUGGAUAGCUGGAUCACCGGAUGCGCAGGACUUACACAUCAUCAACUCUACCAUGAACGAGCUUAUUAACCAAAACAACCACCAAUACAAGAUAAACGACAGCAUCAACAACAGGAUUACGCAGCUCACGAUAACCGUUAACCAAAUAGCUAACUCCCUCAACAGUAAAAACAAGGCAAACCUGGAUGCCUUAGAUGCAGUCACAACAAUGUUAAACGUCGACGUCAUCAACGAGCUAUUGGACAACAUUCAAGAAGCCAUCACCCUCUCAAAGAUCUCCAUCAGUAACAACAAAAUUCUAUCUACGCGGGAAAUUAACAUCAUCAAAUCAACCCUUCAAGACCAAGGAGUACUCAUCCACUUCCCAGACGAAGCACUUCAAUUCGUUACCCCGAAGGUUGCUGUUAGAAACGGUGAUUUACUGUACAUCCUUAACGUUCCACAGCUGGAAUCUACAACAUCGACAAUCACAAGGAUCUACCCACUCAUCGUGGAUAAUCAAAUAAUCAGAUCAUACCCAAGCCACAUCAUACGGCAUGGUAACAAAUUAUUCACGACCAGAAACCCAGAAGAUUUCGUCCAAAAAUCAACAUUUAUCACAGAGUUUGAGGACGACUGUAUCCAAGCCAUCAUAUUUGGAAAAGUCACGAUGCAGUUCUAUUUUCCAAAACGAAACCACCCAACAACUGAUACCAGAAGAAUCACCGGAAAUUUCAUCAUCAAAUUCAACAACUGCACCGUCAACUUCAACGGCCAAUCAUUCCGAAGUUCGGAAACGUUCAUCGACACCGAAGUAAUCAACAAUGCAUUUCACAACAGUUUAAUGGAAUGGAGUCUUCAUAAACCACACGACAUAGCAGAGAUCAGCAAUACUGCAGUUAGUAACCGGCAAAAAUUGGACCACGUAUAUCUGCAACAAGACAGUCUACAUUUCAAACUUUGGACAACGUUCGGAGGAAUUUCGAUAUCAACCAUUCUUGGAUUUUGCGGUAUUUGCAUCAUCAUCAAAGUCAUCGUGAAAAACAUAACCAACGGACCGGGACGUUCCGUACUUGAGGAGGGUUCAGUUAUGGUUGCUUCCCACCAACCAAACAAACCGAACAUCGUAAACGACCAGAAUAGUCAACACCAUCAAGUAAGGAAUCUGCAACGUCAGCAGGUGGAGCCAGAGAAGGAGCUGCAACGACUCCGCGCGCAUUUCUACGAAGAACAGUCUACAGCACCGCAACCGGACACCACCACGAGGCACCACAACGCGAUCCAAUAG